AUGACAUUAAAAUCAAAGAAAAUUGCCCCAAAAAAACGCAAGAAGGCACUGGAUGAGGAAGAAAAAGACACAAAACUCAAAAAAAUCAGAAAAAUUAGAAAAUCAACCAAAAUACUAGACAAAUUGUCGUUGGACCUACAAAAAAGCGACGAAGACUCCGAUUGGUUUAAACAAGACGAAGACAACACCAAACCCAGAAAAAUCAAAAACGACAAAUCAGGCUUGUGUCCACAAUGCGGCACAUUCGUAUCCAAUCUACCCUUACACAUCAAAGACCAACAUUCCAAUACAUUCUCAUGCAACUUGUGCUACAUGAACUUCAAAAACCAAAAACAUUUGGACGAACAUAAAGAAGUACACGAAUCCAAAAGUCACCACAGGUGCGACAUUUGCAAUUUAAUCCUAAAAAACGUCACCAAAUUAGCUUUGCACAAAUUCGUGCACACCAAAAGUUACGAUUGUCCAAUAUGCGGUUUUACAGCUACAAGCAAAUUCAGAAACUCCAUAAUAGCUCACAUCAAACGGCACGAAGACAACUAUGCAGUAAGGUGCGAACUUUGCCACAAGGGCUUUUUGUGCAAAAAGAAACUUGAAGAGCACAUUGAAUGGCACGAAAACGUGCCAAAAUACGAGUGCGAAAUUUGUCACAAAAGAUUCCCUGUUAAAUCCUACUUAACUUUGCACAACAAAUUUAAUCACAAAAAAGAACUCUACGGCACUGAGGAAAUAUUCCAAUGCGAAAUAUGCGGCAGAAACUUCACUUUCGAGAAAAGCUUCAAAAGACAUCUGAGUUGCAUUCACAAAGUUGGCAAAGACUUUACCGUAAAGUGUCCAGUGUGCGACAAAGUUAUCGCAAAUAAUCACAAUUUGAAAAAGCACAUGAAAGUGCACACUGGGGAAAAGAAUUUCAGUUGCGAUGUUUGCGGAAAAACUUUUUCGCAACGGCAGUACGUUACUAGACACCAGAAAGUGCACCAACCUAAAAAGAAUUAG